GACCAAUCAAUCAACCAAUGGCCCAAGCUCCUCGGCCGAUGAACUCCGAAUGGCACGAUUGAGGCUACGAGGGGCCAGGACAACAUACCACCACCUUCAAACGUCAUCAUUGUCCAUUGGUUAUAUUUACCUUGAUAAAAUCGUUAAAAAUCACUUUUUACAGUUUACAAAGUCUCAGACGUCUCUUCUUCAGUUUUGACAUAUCUCAAUAUCUCGUACCAAUAACUAUUGAAUAUAAAUAAGUUAAGCCCCAACAUGUCGCACAUCCUCCUUACCUUAGCUCCCUACCAUGUCUUAUCCUACGGCACAUUACUUGGAACGCAGGUUUUCCAUACCUUUAUAAACUCAAUACUCUCCUUCAAAGUUCUCGAGCGACCCCAAUUCGCAAUCCUACAACGUGCCGUCUUCCCUGCAUACUUCGGCAUCCAGACUGCCGCCCCCGUGCUUCUCGCCCUAACAUAUCCUGGGAGUAAGAACCCCCUAGGCGUUGCCUCGAGCCUCGCUGGCGUGUUCCACCCGUCAAACCGCUGGGGUGUACUCGCGCCGCUUGGCACAAUACUCGUAACAGGGCUUGUUAAUUUGGUAUAUCUACUUCCCGAGACGAACAAGAUAACCGCCUUGAGGCGAGAGCAAGAAAAGAAGGAUGGCAAAGCAAGUUACGAGAAGGGUUCUCAUUCAGAGGAGAUGACUGCGCUGAACAAGAAGUUCGGACAGCUCCACGGCAUCUCUUCGCUUGCUAAUCUCAUCACGGUAAUUGCGACAGUCGUAUACGGCAUUAACCUAUCUUCCCGACUCGUAUAAACGGGGCCAAUGAAUGAACGAAUCCUUUUUAAUGAAUUAUGUGUAUAUGAAAUAUGAAAAGGGGAUGAGACAUACUUAACGCUGCCAAUAAAUACGAUACGAGGUACAUACGAUACGAUAUUAGGGAACCAGACUGUUAUUUUAUUA